AAUGUUUGAUUGCCAACUUUGUCAACAGGAAAGUAGAAUUGAAGCAACAAUUAGUGGGGGUAAUACAAACGGUAGUGAUGCUAGUCCACAAAAACAGAAUCAAUUUUCAAAUCUUUCCGAACUCGAAGCACACUUAGCAUCAGAACAUUUUAAUUGUUUACCUUAUGAAUGCGAGCAAUGUCAUUUUGCCAAAUUUCCAACAGAAUUUGCUGUAAUUAAGCACAACGAAGAAGAUCACGGAAAUAAAUGUUAUUCGUUUCGUUGUCGAAUAACUCCAGCAUUAAAACAAAAAAGGGUCCAAAUCCGUUUAUAUCUUUCAAAAAUCAAAAAUCACCAAAAAGUUUCUUCUCCGCCGCCUGUAAAGAAAUUAAAACAAGAUGUGGAUAAAAACAAUUGUGACUCUAAUCAAAUAAAUGAAAAGACAAAAGGAACUCAACAACAAGAAGGUGAAUUAGCCGAGGAAGUAAUUGAAAGGAAUAAACUUAAACCUUUGUCUAAAGAUUCAUUAAAGAAGAAAUCUUUUGUUAAUAAUGGGCAAUCUGUUGGAAAUGGAGAUGCUGAUUGUGUUGAAGAUGAUUUUGUUGUUUUAAAUAAAGCAUCUUCCUCUUUGACAGAACAACUCCAAGCUGCCAUCGCUCAAAACAUUCGACAUCGCCGUGCUACAAACGAAAAAGGAGAAAACGUUGAGGAUGCAAAAACUUCCCCUAAUUAUGGAGGAACUGUCAGUAUUCGAGAAGGAGGGGAAUUGUCCACAAAUUUGUUGGGAAAAUCUUCGGGAAAAUCAACAGGUGGAAAUACAACAGAUGAAGAAAACGAGGAAUUGGAGGGAAUGGAGGAUUUUGAAGAAAGUGAAAUGAUGGAAUAUGGAGAUGGACAAGGGGGAAAGGAUGGGGAUGAGGAAGAUGAACAAAUCCGGAAACAGGAGGCCGAUGUUCAAGAAAUUUUGAAGGCAGCAGCAGCGGCCACUUCACAAAUUGGUGGCGGAGAUGUUGCCGCUCGUAAUACUUCAACUCCUUAUUCACUCCGCCCAAAUCGUUGUACGCCGUAUGCUGCUCUUCUUGGUGGUAAACAAAAACAAUCAUCUCCUCCACCUUCUCGCCAACAACAAUCAAGACCGAAUUGGCAACUUAAACUUGGAAAUUCGAAUUUUGGUAGUGGAGGUUCCUCCAAUUCUAAUAAUCUUUCAUUAAUGAUGAACAGACGUGAACGUAACGUCGAACGAAUUCGUUGCCGUAAAUGUGGCGAAUUAGUAAAUAGUACAGGAGGUUGUCUAAUGCAUCAUUUAAAUACGAGACAUUUGCGUUUGCCGUUAUUUCAAUGCAAGGAGUGUAAAAAAGACUUUUAUGAAGUUUCCAACACUCGUAUUCACAAACAUAUGAGGAUUUAUCACAGUGGUGAUACGAGCAAUUUGGUCAGUAAUUACGCAAAGUAUUCACAUACUUUACAUUCCGGACGUGAUAAUUGUUUUGGAACUAGAGAUGAACGUUUAAGAGAAAUUCAACGAGAACGAGGAUUAUGCUCAAGUCUAAAUUUGGACAGAAAUAUUGACUGUAAUUUUUUUGAAUUUUAUGCCAAAAAUUCUAAAUUUUCUUCUUCAGUAACUUCAUUCAUUUCAACGGCUACCGGCAAAGCAACAACAACAAAUAAUGGAAACAGCAACAAUUCCCGCCUUCCCCCAAAUUCUUCUCCAUCUUCUCAAAAUAUUGGAUCGCUUCCUAAAGAUAGUUUUUUACGUUCGCCAAUUUCUUUUAAACAAUAUGGCUAUGGAAAUAAUUCUAAUAAACAAUCAACUUCGCGGCACAAUGACUUGCUCCAACCAGAUGUAUUAUCUCCACACCUUUCCGGUCCUUUUAAUCAGUCUGUUGAAGAUUUAUUUAAUGGAAAUAUAAAAAAAGAAAUUUGUAGUGGAGAUGAAAUGUUAUUGAAUGAAUUAAAUAAAAAGAAAAGACAAAAUUUGACUGAAGAAAAUUUGGAGGAAUAUGAGGAGGGGGAAGAUGAUGAAUAUAAUGAACAAGAAGAAGUAAAUAAUAUUAUUGGAAAUUUAUUUAAUGAAGAAUUAAUUGGAGGAAUAUUGAAACAACAACAGAAAAAACAAAAUUUUGAAACAAAAUUAAAUGAAAAAUAUAAUAAUAACAAUGAAGAAACAACAUCAAAUGAUAAAAAUACAAACAGGAAUGGGAAUAACAACAAAAAUACAGCUAUGAAACAAUUGACUUCUUUACAAACACAAUAUCAAUUAAUGCAAAUGGAAUUUGGAAGUGAAGAAAAAAUUGAAGAAAAAGUUCCUUGCAAAGUUUGUGGUGAAAUGACUGUAAACAAACAACUCAACCGUCUUAAUCACAUAAAUACUCGUCAUUUACAUUUACCACUUCACCAAUGCCGCCUUUGUCAAAAAGUUUUUGCUUCAUAUAGUCGUUCAGCUUGUUAUUCACACAUUCAAUUUGCUCAUAAAGCUGACUUAGAUGCUGGACUUUACAGUCAAAAUAUUGAGGAACAUAUUAUUUAUAUGAAGGAGCAAUAUCGUAGUCAAUUGGAGGAAUCGGCAAAUGACUAUUUUGAUUAA